UCGAGUAUGUGGUCGCUGCCGAAGGCUCACGCAAAAAACUGAGUACUGAUGCGAUACCGUUAAUACAGCCACGGCUCGUGCAUCUUAGUGCAUGCAUGGACCGCGGACACCGGCAGCUUCGUUCGGGUAAAGCAUGAAGAAAGGUGCAUUAUCAAGGCUGUCCUAGAGCCGAGGUCGUUUUCUGGGAAGACAGGAGUGUGAUGUAGCAGUGCUGGUGAGCAGGUCGUAGAGGUGUGGUCUGUCCUGGCCUCAUGGAGCCAGCAGGGGGCGCUCUCCCCCCCCCAGGGCCCAGCCUCGGAGCCCCUCCCUUCCCCCCUGCCCAGGACCCUUCCAGCCUCCAUCUCACCUCGCAGCAGUCCUGCUCCCUGCCUGGACUGGAUCGUGUCCCCAGCAGAGGCCUGUGGUGCGGGGCACCAGAGGGGACAGGAGAGGGGGGGUGUGGGAGGGCAGGACAGGGGGGGGCUGAGGAGGGAGGUGAGGUGCUGGAUGUAGGGAGGAGAGCACAGAGGAGAUUCAGAUCCUCAGCCUUCCCCUCCUCCCUCACCUGGGACUCUGACUCUGAGAAGGAGACAUUAGACGAGGAGGAGCUGCAGCACUUUUCUAAUCCUCAUGGUCUGGCUGCACACAGCCCCGGAUCUCCGUCAUCUGGACUGAGAUUGGACAGUGAGGAGGACAAGCCCCUCCCCCUCAAGACACACACAGCCAGUCCAUCGGAGGGGUGGAGCUUAGACAUGACAAGCACACAGGGGGAUGAGUCCAUUAAUACAUUACCACUCAGCUCAGCAGAGGCGGCAGAAGACAAAGUCUGUAAUGCACCUGUGGCCAGCGUCACACCAAAGACACAACACCAAAUCGAGGAAGAGGAGGUGGAGGGGGAGGGGGGUGAUGGAGGGAUGAACAAGGGAAACGACAGGGAGAGAGAUGUGUACAGUUUCCCUGGAGACUCAGACGGAGAGAGCCCUCCUCCUGCGCCCUGGGCCCACUGCACAUUCAUCCAGAGACAGCGCAGGAAGCGGGCUCUGCUGCACCCCUUCUCAGGCCUGGCCAGACCACCAACCUGGCAACGCAGCCCACCAACCUGGCAACGCAGUGCAGCGGGGGCUGGGAGGGGGACCCCAGAACCCCCGCAGGAGGCUGGAGGGGUCUACAACUUCAGAGAGGAGGAGGAGGUGGUUGCGGAGAAAGGAGGAGAGGGAGGAAAAGAAGUAAAGCAAGAGUUGGAGCAGGAGAUUUUCACCUGUGUGGAAUGUAGUAUUUACUUCAAGAAGCAGAUCCACCUGCAGGAGCACAUGACAGAGCAUGCCCGGAACGCGCCGGCCAUGGCAGAGCACCAGAGACGCCACCAGGAAUCCCGCAACAAGAUCCUGGAGGGGAUCAGGAAGCUGGGGGGAGAGGGGAUCAGGAAGCUGGGGGGCGAGGGGGAUGGAGAAGGGGGACUGGGGGAUGGAGGAAAGAGGACGCUGGGAGGGCCGAGAAUGGUGGGCAGGCUUGGCAGCUCAGCCUCAGACCUAGCCCCAGUUCCUGUCCCAGAUCCAGCCUCCACCCCGGCCUCUAGACGAGCUGUGCCCCCAGGCCGUCGGCCCUACUUCUGCUCCCAGUGUGAUUUCAGCACCAGGACAUCCCAGGUACUGGCCGACCACGCCAAGACCCACAACAGGAAACGCUCCAGUGGACUGCAGCGCACCUCCCCCCGUCUGCGCCCCCAGGCCCAGCCCCCUGGGGAAGACCCCACCUCCGGCCAGAGGGGGGUCAGGGAGCUCCACGGCUCGGCUCCCCCCUUCCAGGCCUCUGGCGCUGGGGAGGCUGAGGAGUUGGGGCCCCUGCCUGGGGAGGCUGAGGAGUUGAGGCCCCUGCCUGGGGAGGCUGAGGAGUUGGGGCCCCUGCCUGGGGAGGCUGAGGAGUUGGGGCCCCUGCCUGGGGAGGCUGAGGAGUUGGGGCCCCUGCCUGGGGAGGCUGAGGAGUUGGGGCCCCUGCCUGGGGAGGCUGAGGAGUUGGGGCCCCUGCCUGGUGCUCACCAGGUGUCCCGGCUCUGCUCCACAGCUGACGGGAGAGUUCCAGAGGGCAGGGCCCCCCUCUUGUCUAGGGUGGCCAGAGAGGGGGGCAGCAGCCCCGGGGCUUUGCCCCCCCGGCGCCCAUCUCUUCGCCCCCUAAGAGAGCUGGCCUUCAAGAGCAUCGGGACGCGAAGGACCAACCGGCGAGGGAGCUCCUCCACCCAGACUCCACCCACACCCACCCAGCCUCCACCCACACCCACCCAGCCUCCACCCACACUGGACAACACCCCUAGUCUGCCUGGGGCUGAGCACCCCCAGGACCAGGGCCAGGACCAGGGCUCUGAUAUGUUGGUGCUAGGACAGAACCGUCUGGGCUCUCAGGUGGAAUCCAGACCGGUCACCAGGGCCAGGUGCAUUCGAGAUGACUCGUCUCCACGACAGCAGAAGCUCCCAGCCUCAUGCCCUAUUGUGGAGAGGGUUGUGAAGCAAGAGGAGGAGGAAGAGGAGGAGGAAGAGGAGGAGGAAGAGGAGGAGAGGACAGUAUCAUUAUCUCGGAGUGUGGUCUUCACUAAAAACCACAAAGAAGAAGAGGAGGAGGAGGAAGAUGAAGAAGAUAGAGUGAGGCGUUUCCUAGCGGAGAGCAUCCUGGCUGAGGAAGAGGAGGAGGAAGGUGAGGAGGAGGAGAGCGGGAACCUUAGAGACGUGGACAGGAAGUGCCCCUACUGCCCCGACCACUUCCACAAUGGCAUCGGCCUGGCCAAUCAUGUGAGAGGGCACCUGAACCGAGUGGGCGUGAGCUACAAUGUCCGUCACUUUAUCUCCCCGGAGGAAGUGAAUGCCAUCGAGAGGAAGUUUUCCUACCAGAAGAAGAAGAAGAAAGUCGCCAACUUCGACCCGGACACCUUCAGUGUGAUGCGCUGUGAGUUCUGCAGCGCUGGGUUCGACACGCGGGCAGGUCUGUCCAGCCACGCCCGCGCCCACCUGCGAGACUUUGGCAUCACCAACUGGGAGGUGACGGUCUCUCCCAUUCACAUCCUGCGGGGGCUGUUCUCCAGCCGCCCCGACCUGGCCCUCCCCACCGCGCCCCCACGCAGCCCCGGGACCCGGGAGGAGGACGAGGAGGAAGGUGGAGAGAGGAGGAGAGCUGCCCCUGAGUCCAGCCUGGUGUCCCUGCCGCCCCCCCAGGCCUGGAGGGCGGAGCCCCCAAGGAAGCAUGCUGACGGUGAGGAGGAGGAAGGAGAGGAAGAGGAGGAGGAGGAAGAGGAGGAGGAGGAGGAGGAAGGGAAGGAGAUGCCAGACCGGUCCAGUCCCAGUGCUACCAGCCCAGCCUCCAGGAUAGGGCUGUCCUCCUUGGAUGGUGAGGACUCCAGCCCCAGAGAGCAGCUCAGCUCCAGGGGGGGCCUGCUGAGGUGUGAUCUGUGUGGCGCUCCGUUUGAGACGAGGCGUGGCCUCUCCAGCCACGCCCGCUCCCACCUGCGCCAGCUGGGCGUCGGCCUAUCAGAGAGCAGCGGCGCUCCCAUCGACCUGCUUUAUCAGAUCACCAAGGAGCGCGGCCACCAACCCCCUGUCAUCAAGACCACCCCGUCGCCCCGCCCCCCUGUCGCCAAGACCACCCCCCCGCCCCUCCCAGCGCUGGCCUUCCAGAAGCAAGAGUGUGAAGACAUGGACUCUGACGACAAGCCCGUCUCCCUCUCCCCCCUGGCCCCCACCCCCUCACCCCCCCCUCCCCCCGCCCUGGCCCGGCCCUACCCGCCCUCCCCCUCGUCCUCCCCCUUCUCCUCCCCCGGGGUGAGGAAAGUCCCCAUUUCCUCCCUGCUGCCGGUGUCCUCCCCCCUGUGCCCCCCCGGGGGGGGGAGGAGUUUAGGCGACCCCAGCAGCAGCAAGCCCUUCUGGGCCCCCCAGGAGACCGAUGCUCCCCUCAACCUCACCCUGGAGGUGGACCCCACCAAGGACAUCAUCUGCCAGCUGUGUGGGGCGUGGUUCGAGACCAGGAAGGGCCUCUCCAGCCACGCCCGCGCCCACCUGCGCCACUUUGGGGUCGAGUACUCUGAGUCCAGGGGCUCCCCCAUCGACCUGCUGGACCAGCUCAUCCACACGGACGACUUCAAACACAGGGCUUCCACCCUCUCCUCCACCCUCUCCUCCCCCAAACGCCCCAUCUCCUCCUCGCCCCUCCUCUACAAGGUCACAUCUGUCCGGGGAGGGGCAGGGUCCAAAGCUACCUCAUCUCUGAUUGGUCCAGCUCCGAAGCGUGCCAAGCCCUCCCAGAUACAAGUCUUCCGUCUGAGUGGUGGAGAGCUGAUGCCCCUCCCCCACAGUGAGCCCACCAAGGAGAUUGCCUGUGAGUUCUGCGGAGAGUUCUUCGAGAACCGAAAGGGCCUGUCCAGCCACGCGCGCUCUCACCUGCGCCAGAUGGGCAUCACAGAGUGGACGGUGAACGGUUCCCCCAUCGACACCCUCCGAGAGGUCAUCACCCACCGGGGCCUUGCCUGCGCCCUCCCCCUCCGCCCCCUCAAAACCCCCCCUCCCUCCCCCGGGCACUCCCCUGCCUCCCCCUCCUCUGCCGUCACCCUGCUGGGCCGUCUUCCUUUCGCCUUCGCCCACCCCUCCGCCUCCCCCACGCCCGCACGCAAGCCUCCCCCCGCCCCUCCCCCCGCCUCCUCCUCCCUGGUGGCCAAGCUGAAGCCAGAGCCUGUGCAGCUGGAGGUGACCCUGGGGGGCAGAGGGGCCGUAGGGGCUGGGGGGGGGCGGAGGUUUGGGUCAGAGGCGCUGAAGUCCUGGAGCAGCUCUGAUGGGAUGCUGCCUCUCAACCUGGCUGUGGCCCAGGAGGCGGAGCCUACGAGAGACAUCCGCUGUGAGUUCUGCGGAGAGUUCUUCGAAAACCGAAAGGGCCUGUCCAGCCACGCCCGCUCUCACCUGCGCCAGAUGGGCAUCACAGAGUGGACGGUGAACGGUUCCCCCAUCGACACCCUCCGGGAGGUCAUGCUCCAGAGGGGGGGGGGGGCCCAGUCCCCUCCACCAACCCCGGGGGUGAAGAGGGAGGGAGGGGGGGCCUGGGAGGGAGGGGGGGCGGGGCUUAGCUUCCAGAGGAAGUCCGCCCUCAACCUGCUCCACUCUGGGUCCCGCCUCCAUCGCCACGGCCUGGGGGCUCUGUCCUCCGGCCCCCCUGGGGGGAAGCUGCUAGGGGCCGUGCCCCUGGGGAAGAGGCCCCUGCUGCUGGAGACCCCCACGCCCCCCCCAGAACGGGCCUUCUCCCCCCAGUCCCCCCCGCCUCCUGAGCUGCCCUUCAGGGGGAAGUCCUCCCCAGACAAGCAGGGAGCCGGGCACCAGGAUGCCAGCUGUGAGUUGUGUGGGUUCUACUUUGAGAACCGUAAGGCCCUGGCCAGCCACGCCCGGGCUCACCUGCGGCAGUUUGGGGUGACGGAGUGGUGCGUGAAUGGCUCCCCCAUCGAGACGCUGAGCGCCUGGAUGAAGAGCCGAGCUCCCAGGCUGCUGGACAUGCACCGCUGCUACACCCAGGGCAGCCGGAGGGAACCCCCACGCAUGAAGAGCAGCUCAUCCGUGUCUCCCUCCUCCUCCCCCGACCACGCCCUCUCCUCCUCCCAGUGUGGGGUGGGCGUGUCCCCCGGGGCCCAUGUGGGCGUGGCCCGGAGUGCAGGGGCUGACUCUGGACCCUUCUCCGCUCCAUCCACCCGCCCCAGCCCUGCCACAAACUCACACUCACACACGCUCACACACCCACAGGUGGCUCGCAGUGAACUCAACGUCCGUCUGCCAAGAGGUUUUGAGAGGCGCCCCCCCAAGCAUCCGUCCCACCCUGAUGAGGGAGAGGGGGACAGUGCCCCCCCCAGGCCCCCCCGCUCCGGCACUGUCCCCUCCCUGGUCCCCAGGCCCCCGUCCUCCCCCCUGGUCACCUUGGUGGGCAAGCUCUACACACUCAAGUGCCGGUUCUGUGAGGUGGAAUUCCAGGGGCCUCUGUCCGUCCAGGAGGCCUGGAUCCGUCACCUGCAGCAGCACAUCCUGCAGCUCAACUACACCAAGCCUGCCUCUCCCUCUGCUGCCCCCGGCCCUGCCUCUCCCUCUGCUGCCUCCAGCCCUGCCUCCCCCCCUGCUGCCUCCAGCCCUGCCUCCCCCUCUGCUGCCUCCAGCCCUGCCUCCCCCUCUGCUGCCCCCGGCCCUGCCUCCCCCUCCGCUACCUCCAGCCCUCCUCCCCCAGCCUUCCUCCUCCCUCCCCCACCAACUCCUCUGCCUCCAACCCCAGCCCUGUCGUGA